AUGCUAAACACAGAAAUCCCUAAUCCUUAAAAAAUUGAAGAAGCCUUUAACAUAAUUAUGAAUUCCAAAAAUCAAUAGAUUGGUAAAGAAGCAGAUACGUAUUUGAGAAAGUUGGAAUAAAAUUAUCCAUACAUUUUAAUAUCAUUAUUUCAGAUCUUUGAGAACAGUUAGGUAAAACUUCUAGAUAUACUAUUUCAAAGGUAUAUCUAAAUAAAUUCUAAGCAUUGUUGCUAAUAAAGAAUGUUAUUGUGAGAAAUUGGGUCAAAUUUUAAAUGAAAGACAAUCUAAGAUUAUCAAAUAUCUCAGAGGAUUUAAAGACUCAUGUAAAGGAUAAAAUUUUGCAAUUUUUGGGGGUUGUUUAAGAUGAAAAAUUUAAGAAAGAAAUCAAUUUGAUUAUCUCUGUAAUAGCUAAGCAUGAUUUUCCAAAUAAGUUUUAAGGAUUAGUUAAUUACUUUGUUUAAGGUCUUUAAACUAUAAUCUAAAGUGGAUCCACUAAUUGCGCAUUGACUUAUGAUUUAGUUUGCUCUCUCAAAGUAGUUUAAUCGAGUGUAAUUUAAAAUAGAAAUAGUAAUUAAAAUAGAUUUAUUUUUAGCUGCCUUUAGAAUUUAAUAAGGAUAAUUCUCUUAGGCAAUUUGGAAUAAUCUAUUGCUUCUUUGGAAGAAUAUCACUUAGACUUAAUAGCAAGAAUUAUAAUAAAAUGUAAAUAACUAUUCUUUUGUCAACAACAUCUCAAAAAAGUUGGAUAGAUUGUUAUCAUUGUCAAUUAUGUCUCUAAACUAAGAAUAAGAUUAGUAAUUAUAUAUUUAUCUAAAUUUAGAGAAAAAAUACAGUUAGUAUUUAUGUUGUUGUUGGAGAAAACAGUAUAUCUCCUAAAAAAUGUAUAAAAGCAAAAGUUAUUAUAACCAAAUCUAAAAACUUUGAUUCAUAGCUUAGGUAAUAUUCAAAAUCUUUUUUCACUUAAUAUCAUCUAAGGGUUUUCAGAUUACUUACUAUUAUUAAAAUUAAUAAUUUAGAAUGAAUGGGAUGACAAAAGAGUUUUAAGGACUGGAUUAAUUGGAAUCGUCAAGACUCUUAAAUCCUUAUUCUUUUUAAGGGAAGAGCAAUUUUAUAAUAAGAAACUUCAAGAAGCAAAGUCAGAGUAGAGUAGAUAAUUAAUUCAACUGGCAAGUUAGCUUUUUAAUUCGUUCUUUUAAGAAAAUAUGUAAUUCUUAAUUGAAUAACUCAUAAAAAUUGCCUCAAUCCCCGCUGAUCUAAGUGAUGAAGAAUUAAUUGAACAAGAAGAAGACUUAACAAUUGAUGAUGCAAAAAAUGAAAUGCAAUGUCCAAUAUUUACUAUUUGUUUAAUAUGUCAUGAUUAAUUGAUGUUAAGAUUUCCAGAAUUAUUCAUUCAAAAAAUUACCUAAAUUAUGUAGUAAUUAAUAAAUAGUAACUUUAAUGCAAGCUAAUAAAUAUUGGAGAGCUUUUUUGCAAUCUUAGGAUCCAUUCCCAAGAUAACUACUAAAUUAAAGGUAUAGCCAAUAUAAAUUCAACCUAUUUUAUAAUAUUUAAUAUCGACAAACACAAUUCAAAGUUAGAGAAGGUUUGCAUUCUUGUGUAGAAAUUAUAGCAAUUAUUUUACUGAUUCUGAAUUGCCUUAAAUUUUAGAAUAUGCCAGAUUGUUACUAAGCAACUCAUAAGAUUAAAUAGUUUAGUAUUAAACUUUAAUGUGCAUUAAGAAAAUCAUUAUUUGUAUGGGUCAAAACUUUGAUUAUAGAAAUAGCUAAUUUUUUGAAUAGAUUGCCCCUGUGAUUGUUAAAUUGUUAUGCAAUCUCUAAAAAUCCAAUAUUUUAUGGCCUUUGCUAUAGCUAUUAGAAAAUCUCAUUUAAAAGUAUUCUGAAAUAAAUGUAAAUUCUAUGUAAAUUUUGGUUAAAGUAAUUGAAAAUUCAGACAUCAUUUUAUUAAUGAAAACUAAAUCCUAGUUACUUGUUGGAGCAUUAUGUGAUAUGUUUUUCGCUUUGUUUGUUUCCUUUCCUUUAGGAUCAAAUUUAAGUCACUUAUAUUAAUUGGCACUUGUUUUGAUUGAUACAAAUAUAGACUCAAAAGAAAAUAACAUUUUCGAACUUUUGCAGUUUUUAAUCUAAGAAUAUGACCCUGCAUCAGAUAAUAAUUCUACCGGUGUUUUAUUUAGCAAUUUGUACAGCACACAUGAAAAACUGUUUAUGGAAGAUACCGAACUAAACCAUAUGUAAACUAUAUUAAGAAUCAUUGAGGAGCUAUAUCUCUCAAACCUUAUUUAGUUGACGCCAAAUAUUUUCAACCUUCUUUAAGAAAGGUUAUAAAUCGCAUAAUAAAUUGAUUGUCAUGAUGCUGCUUUGAUUUUAAAAAAGAGUUCUAUAAGUUUAUUGGAAACUAUAAUUUUGAAACAAUAUGACAGUAUAACAGUAUAAUACUACUAAAAGAUUAUAGUAUUCCUAAUCUAAGAAUUGAUUAAGUUAAGCGGAGGUGAUUAGGUCGACCAAAUGUAUUAUACAAUUUAGUACAAGAAUAACAUUUUGGAGAUCCUUAAUAGAUUUAUGCUAAAAGACUUGUCAAGUAUGAUUCAAGUAUUAAAUUCUGCCCAAGUGUCAUUAGAUUAAUAUUUUACUUUAUGGCAUGAGACUGCUUAACAUAUCAUUAACAGGGGAAAUAGGAAAAUAAAUGUAAUUACUUAAUUGUUAUUCUUAAAAUAUAUUUAAAAACCUACUUUUUAAAAGUUAUUCUAAUUUGUGCUUUAAGAAGCAUUACCAGAAAUUAAUUAUGAUUUUGAACUUAGAUCCCAGGAAUUUAAAGAAUUGCAAUAAGAAAACAAAAAGAAAUUAGCUAAUUCUAAACAAACUAGACUAUCAAAAUAGUUUAGAAACAACUUUAGGAAGGAAAUCCUAUAGGAAGCUUGUUUAUAUGAUGAAACAUUUAAUUUUAGGUCAUUCUUCUUUUAAACAAUAUAAGUAAAUUAAUUGAUAUUUUAUUAGGAAUGCAUGAAAUUUCAUAACUACACCGAAUUGAUUUAGAUUAUAAAGAUCCCACCAAUUAUAGACAAACUUAAUCAAUUGUUAAAUGAAAAUGAGAGAGUGUGA